GUCAGUGAUUUGUUUUUGUUUGUUAUUCGUGAAGCACGCAGAAAGCCCGCACAGGAUCCGUAAAUUCUCCGGAUUGACCGCACCGCACCGUGAGAACCAUGUCCGAUGAGUACGAGCAUGUAAGCCGCGGGAAGCUAAAGCUGAAGUCCGACUCGGACAUCAAAAAGAAGAAGAAGAAAAAGAGCAAGGACAAGGAAAAACUACGCGAGAAGGUAGAGAAAACUUUGGAGGAAAGUGGAACCAGCAGUCGAGAACAGGACCGUAGUCAGGCGCCGCCCUCGGGAAGGGUGCUUACUAAGGCGGAGGAAUCGUUCAAGAAGAUGCAGGAGAAAAUGCAAAAGAAACGAAUCAUGGAAAAGGCAUCGAUGACGCACAAACAACGGGUAGAGCAGUUUAAUCAGCACCUGGAUAGCCUAACGGAACACUUCGACAUACCGAAAGUUUCCUGGACGAAAUAAGCUAAUUAUAACUUAUUCACUCAACUAUUUUUAAUUUAUGUUGAAAUAUAUCAAUAUAGUACUUCAACGCCCUCAAA